AUGGCGCACAUCUACCACAACAUGACGCAGGACGUCCUCACUGCCAUGCCGUCUUAUUCGGAGUUCCAGGAUAUGCUCCGGCCCUUGACUGAUUUACUUUCAAACGACUUCUACCGUGAGAAAGGGGCCUUGCAAAUGAAUUGGGACGCGACCAAGUUCGGUUUCGGACAAGCCGAUGAUCCAGAUGGCUCGAGUAGCCAGUCCCACGUCGAAGGACACCCGGAUGAUGCGUUCGAUGUCGACAGCUUUCUGGAAGGCGGCGAUAUGGAAAGCAACCUCUACUUGUGGGCAGGAUGGUUCUUUCCCGCGCGCCGGCAGCUAAAGUGGGAAGAUGUGGAGGCCUUGUUCUCCAAUCCCGCCGACUUGCAUGACAUCGCCGUGGAGUUCAAGGCAGUUUUGAUGUUACCAGCCAUGCCGGUCUACUCGCCCAUUGCGCUCACCUCUUGGGUUGUUGUCAAGGACAAGCAAGCUACAAAGCAGCAGCUUCAAUUGAUGAUGUAUCGACGGUUUCCUGCUCAGCUGUAUGUCAAUGCUGACCUGGUGCAAAGUUUGAUUGAUGAUGCUAGGGCCGACGGCCAGGGACCGGGUUCAAAGCAUUAUCUUGCGCUUGAAACAACGAGUGCGAUGCCAAUUCAACAUCGCCACUGCCUGAGCCACCUGCGAGCCCGACUUGAAAACGACAAGGAUGUAUUCUUGGCAAUGCCCGCACCAUUGUUUCAGUCACUGCAUGGUGGCGCAUUGACAGAUGUCUUGGCAACAACUCAGACUCGGUCCUCCCUUCCCAAAGCCAGGGAGCGCUCAACCAUGUCGUUGGAAGCAGGGCCUGCGACGCCUGCGACGACAGGUGUUCGGGCCGUAACAGACCGGGAUAGAAUUCAGCCGGCCCGCUCGAAUUUGUCUCUUGCAGAUGACGAUGGCUGCGACUUUAUACAAGUUGACACUGGCCGUGAUGUUUUGGACCACAUCUUGGAUGAAAGGGAGAUCGCUGACUCGCAGAUGGUCGUGUUUCGGGUCGUCCAUGCUCAUCCACAUCGGCUAAAAAGGCCGCUCAAGGCAGAAGACGACCUGCGAUCACAGGCUGGAGCAUUCUCGAAUUCCGAGACGUCCUACCACGACCUGGACUCCGUUGAUGCCUGGGCUGGCUCUUUGAAGUUCAGCAGGCUGUCCAAGAAGGGGCUCGCGAAGACCAUCUCUCCCGGAUGUUGGCGUCUGACUCCGCGUGCUGAAGAAAAUUGUUUGGAGGAGACCCUUUGGCUCAUGACACCCGUCAAGUUCUUCUCCGAUGAAAGCAACAAGGAUGCCUUAGCAUUGACUCAACUAGAAGUUGCCUUGCGUCUGGAGUCACAGGGCUGGCAGCAGGCUAUUCUGAGUGAGGAAGCCAGGCGCCCAUACGAAGCGGGAUCAGCUAAGCUGUGGUAUCGAGACAACAAGGGUGCUUUCUUUCAAUCGUACGGUCAAUGCUUGUUGAUAGCGGACAAGCUGUUUGCCUGCGGUGUGCGGGCCAUCCAUCACGGCCAGAUCGAAUCGUAUUACCGAUGUUUGCUGCAAGCGCCGGAUGACAUCAAGAAAGGUAUCGAGCCGUUUCGUAGGGCAUCGGUGUAUCGAGCUUUGCUGCAAGACAAAACCACGCAACCCAGCGGUUUGUUUGCUUUGGGCCCACCGAUGAAUGAUGACGGAGAGUUGCUGCAACAACCAAUGGAAGCCAACCGGAGGGGAGCAACGUUGGCGUUACCUCCUCCGACCGUGCCUGCGGUUGAAACCCUGGCACCUGUUGCACAGAACGGCGGUCCGAGCAACCGCGGUGCUUUUUCGGAGUCAGCUUCAGGUAGUGCCAGAGACAGCACAAGGCCACCUGUGAGUGUGGAUCAAGAUAGCAGAUUGAGACAACCUCGGCAACGGCAGCCAGCCGCGGCCGCCGUGGUCGAGAUGGAAGCAGAAUCUGGCCAUGGUGAACCGAUUGAGCCGAAUGCUCGCAGACCCAGAAGAACCGAGCGGCACACAAAGUCGGUACGGUUUGGAGAUUGGGACAUCCGCUAUAUUGAGUCUGCGCCUGUCAACCAGUACCGCGCAUAUUGCAAUGGGCAUGGUGAUGAGAUGUGUGACGGGAAAUGCACUAAAUCGAUGAGAGUCAACCAAGCAUCCACUGAGGAGGCCGUUAUUCGCAGGCUCAAAGCCUGGUUGCUGGAAGGUUUGGAAUGUCCGGACCGAACAACUCACAUGUAUUACACCGCGGUGCCCUCCGAAGCAGCAGCAGGAACAGACGCCGAGCUGGAAGCACGGUUGCCGCCCAGCGCAGCAUGA